CCGCAUUUAUAAAAUUACGCGGUCUCGCACAUUGCCCCUCUUUUUUCUCUCCUCUGUUUUUCUCUCUAUACCUCUGCGCAUUUCCUUUUCCAUCUAUGGCGAUCUGAGAGAAAGAGGGAAAGCAGAGUUCGAAAUUACGCUUGUCUGCAUGUGUUUUUAUUGCUCUUGACAUUUAGGGCGUUGCUUUUGCCCUAGCACAUUGCCUUUUUCCUUUAGGAGGAAGGGGAUUGGGGAGCACCAGAAGGAUUUGUCGGUACGGACGUUUUUUUAACGGAAUGUGGUCGUUUGAUUCAAUGGAUGCGUUUCUAUUCGCCGCCAGCAGAGCCUUCUGUACUCCGCUAGGGCUUUUUAUUCAGAUCCAGGGAUUUUGCAUUUGCCUUCUUCUUGCCCUUGGCUGGGCGUUGGCUUCUUAUGUCAGGAGUAAAGAGAUAAGGCGGCUGAAGGAAAGCAUAAAAAGUGGCAAUGAAUUUGCUUUUCUUUGUUAUGAUAUUAAUGACCUCGAGCAUUCUAAUCAGGUCAAUUUACCAAGGGUUUCAGUUGUAAUGCCUUUGAAGGGGUUCGGAGAACACAAUCUACAUAACUGGAGAAGUCAGAUUACAUCUUUAUACGGCGGUCCACUGGAAUUUCUUUUUGUCGUUGAAAGUACAGAAGACCCUGCUUACCAUGCGGUCUCCCGAUUGUUAAAGGAGUUUGAGGACGAUGUUGAAGCAAAAAUUGUAGUAGCUGGUCUAUCUACAACCUGUAGUCAGAAGAUUCAUAAUCAGUUGGUCGGUGUAGAGAAAAUGCAUAAAGAUACCAAGUAUGUGUUAUUUCUUGAUGAUGAUGUUAGGUUGCAUCCUGGGUCAAUUGGGGCUCUCACAGCUGAAAUGGAAAAGAACUCAGAUAUAUUUAUUCAGACUGGAUAUCCUCUUGAUUUACCCUCUGGAAGUUUAGGAAGUUAUUGCAUAUACGAAUAUCACAUGCCUUGUUCUAUGGGGUUUGCUACUGGUGGAAAAACAUUCUUUCUGUGGGGAGGAUGCAUGAUGAUGCAUGCAGAUGAUUUCAGAACAGAUCGUCAUGGUGUUGUUUCAGGACUUCGGGAUGGGGGCUAUUCAGAUGACAUGACUCUUGCAGCUAUUGCAGGGGCUCAUAAGAGACUCAUCACAUCGCCACCAGUUGCUGUUUUCCCCCAUCCACUUGCAAGUGAUCUUAGCUUUGGCAGGUAUUGGAAUUAUUUGAGGAAACAAACAUUUGUUCUAGAGUCAUACACGACAAGAGUAAACUGGAUUAUGAACCGGGCAUUAUUCUCUACCCACUGCUACUUAUCAUGGGGUUUUGUAUCACCUUAUCUCAUGUCCGGAAUACAUGUUGCUGCAGCACUUAGACUUUAUUUUAAAGGGUACUCAUUUGGUGCAACAGCUUUGCCAUGUACUGGGUUGUUGUUGGCUGGCAGCCUUGCGAUAUGUACAGUUAUCGAACUUCUUUCCAUGUGGAACUUGACAAGAAUAGAGGUCCAGCUAUGCAAUUUGUUGUCCCCAGAAGCUCCUCCCUUAUCACUUGCAUCUUAUAACUGGUGUCUUGUGUUUAUCGCAAUGCUGGUUGACAAUUUUCUGUACCCUGUAUCUGCAAUGCGAUCACAUUUUUCUCAGUCUAUCAAUUGGUCAGGCAUCCGAUAUCACUUAAAGGAUGGGAAGAUAAACAAGAUUGAAAGAAGCAAGGAGAAGGGACCUAAGUUCACGGAUUUAGGAGGAAAGCAUUUGUACGGGAAGAAAGGAGCUCCAAACAAUGGCUCAUUCCUUCGAUCUUUAUCCAGAAGUUUUGUUCAUUGGAGGCAACCCAAGAAGUACGAUGUAUAGAGGAGGACAGUAGCACAGAAUUUGAUUCUUUGGUCUUUCUGGUUUCAGAAAACUACAGUGGAUUCUAGGAGGAGAGGUUUUUGGGAAUCAUUGGUUCCAUGGAUUUGAUUGAAAGGAAGGGACCAUCAAUGGAUAUAUUUGGAGUGUUAGGCUUUUGGUGAUUUUUAUUUUUUUAGUUUUCCUUUUUCAGAUUAGUUCAAUCGAUUGAUUCUUCAGUUGAAGGGUGCAGUUCACGUUAGCUGUGAAUUGUGUAAUUGUAUUUGUGUUGUAUAAUCAUAUAAGAUCAUUUAUUCAUUCAAAUACUCCAAAGUGUGAGACAAAAUCUGAUUACGUUUUGUAUU